UGUAGAUCUGCUCUAACCUGUGAAGAGGGCUCGGAAGAUCAAAGUGAGACUCUGAUUGAAGUUCCUACCAGUCCCACUCCUCUCCCAUUUGGGGGGACAGCAGUAUCUCGAGUGCAGACAUCAGUAUGCCUAGUUAGACUUUGGAGUAAAUCAGGAAAGGAUUGCAGGAUUGAGGAUUCAAUGCCAUGUUUUUGCAUCAGGAGAGGCCUCUGUGUGAUUACCAGUAUUCACUCAACUCUCAGCCCAAGAACUAUGCUUAUUGCCCACCAGAUUGGAAGGAUGCUGCUUACCAUGGGCAGUCAUGGGAUGCCGGUAUUGCCGGAGGUGACACCGAAAUAUCGUCGCUUCAAGUCCGGGUGUCUCUGCAGGGUCGUGAACUUUGGGACAAAUUUGGAGACUUGGAUACAGAGAUGCUCAUUACAAAAACAGGAAGGCGGAUGUUUCCGAGCUGCAAAGUCACUGUGACAGGGUUGAACCCGCGGUCAAAGUAUGUACUGAUGAUGGACAUGAUCCCUUUUGAUGAUAACAAAUACAAGUGGUCCAAGGACCACUGGGAGGUUAGUGGUGUGACAGACCCUCAUCUAGCCAACCACUUCUUCAUCCACCCGGACUCACCCGCUCUGGGGGAGAGAUGGAUGCAGUACCCAGUCUCCUUCCACAAGCUCAAGCUUACCAACAACACACUUAACUCAAAUGGCCUGGUGAUUCUCCAUUCUAUGCAUAAGUACUUGCCCCGCUUGCAUAUAAUCCAAUCCCCUGACCCCUGCAGCCCUUUCUCAGGGGGCUAUCUGCGUUUCACCUUUCCAGAGGCAGCCUUCAUAGCAGUCACUGCCUACCAAAACGCCGAGGUAACAAAGCUCAAAAUAGACAACAAUCCUUUUGCCAAAGGCUUUCGGGACAGUGGACUGAAUAGAAAAAGGUUCAGAGAGAAGGAGAAAACAAGCCCUGACAAGCAUGUGGAUGAACAAGUGAUUAUACCUUCAAAUGUAUCCAGACCUGUAGAUGCAGCCGAUGAAAACGACAGCACAGUAUCCAGCUCAGUGGACUCCCAUGGAACGGACUACAGGCAGGAUAACACACCUCGACCGACAGCCCCAAACCCAUUCAUCUCAGCCUUCAUGAACCGGGGCCCUGCAGCCCUUCCCUCUGAGGACUGGGCAAAUAGCCCUCAAAGUACAUCAAGCACCCGAGAUUACAGCAGCCCUGUGCAUACUGAAGCAGUGUGUCCUCGCUUGCGAAACGUCGCCUCUCCUCUCUUCACGCACACACUGGGCCAGACACACUCAGGAUUGGUGGGUUUCAGGCGGCCUGCACCAUACAGCAGUCGAGCGUUAGGACCACCUCAGCACCAAGGCCUUGGUGCCCCCCUCCCCCCUCGACACCACCCUCCUCCAGACCGGCAGGCGGAGCAUCAGCGCCAGGCUGACUUUGACUACCCCCUCCCCCUGCCCCCUAAGGUCAGCAGGAUGCACCUCUCGGAGAGCGCCUUGCGUUCCCUGGAUAUGAGCCCGUCCUGCGACCCAGGAAGCCCCAGGCCCCUCGCCAACAUCCUCAACAGGAUCCACAGCCGGGGGGCCUCCGUCUCUGGGAGUCCUGGGAAACUGCACCAGGCCCAGGACGAGAGGCCAAGCCUGGGGCUGGAGAGACAGCUACGGCCCCCCUACCCACCACAGCUGGAGCACACAGGAGACUACCUGCCCAUCCACGGCACGAUGCUUUACCAGAACAGCCUGAUGGGUCCUGUAGGCCCUCUCGGGGAUUACCAUGGGAACCCCAGAGGCCCCUCCUCACUAGAGUACUCUUAUAAAACACCUUUGCUUGACUUCUUCUUAGAGGACCAGAGUGGGAAGUAAAUGCUUCCAAAAACGAGCUUAUAGAUAAUGUUGAAUAAACUAGACAAUACAUUCCUCCUUACAAUGUUAGAAGGUGCUUUGAUGUGUGAAGAACAUGUUUUCAAAAUGUUAGAUCAAAAGUAAUGUUAUUACAAGAGUGUGUAUAUAUUUCUUUUUUGUUAUCAAGCAUUAAAUGGAUUUUCCCAUUUCCCUAGGCCCAUAUCAUUACCAUGAAUAAUGUAAUAAUAAUGUAAUUUGAACCGGUAUUGCAGUUGAAUUACAGUGUUCAUCAUUCCAUAAGACAAAAGUCAUGUCUGAGCGUGUUCAACCUGGAGUUCCUGUGACCAUGAACUAUAGCUUUUUAUGGAAGCACCCACGCAAUGAUAAGUCAAUGUGUUCUGUGUGACUGGGUCAAUGUGUUCUGGGUGACUGGGACAUGUCUGCUUCAAUAGCAAAACAUUAUGGGGACACGUGAGAUCGGUUUGCCAAAUUUGUACCUAUAAUGUACGUACAAAUGUACAAAAAACUGUUUAUAGCAGCAGUUCAAUUCUAAAUGUGUUACCAAUUGGUGCCCUGUUGUCAGAAUACAGAGUCAUGCAUAACAAAUAACUAUAAAAAAAGCACUAUAGAGGUAGUGCCGUUGGUAGUGCCGGUAUAUUACAGACAUUAGUAUCAUGGCAUAUCAUCAAAUUAUCGUACCUUAUGGGACUCUUUUAUUGCCAGAGGCAAAGUGACAUAAUAUAAACCAGCCUAAUAUAAAUAUAUUAACCAUUCCCCCCAAAAAAUGUCUAACCCUUGAUCACAAACACGUUUGCUGCUUUUAUAUUUGAUCUUACUUUUGUUUCCCUUUCUUACCUUCCUGUCAUGCAUUACAAGAUAGCACGUUGAAACCUUUAAUCUUCCUGUUCUUCGUGUCACGAGAACAACACAAAGUAUAUAAACUGGAUUUGUUUUCAUCAAAUUCUUGGCAAAGCCAAACUAACAAAUUCACGCAAACAUUUAUUGAUUUUCAAUAGAUACAUUUCUAUGAUAGGUGAUACAUGUAAAUAUUCCCAUAGAUACUCUAGAUAAAGCUAAGAGUAAAGGCAUAGACCUACAUUCUACAUCAGUUCAAUCCUCUGUAAACUGCCUCUAAAUUACGGUAACCAAUCCAUAUGACAAAACAUGGCACAAGAAAUUAUAUUUUGGAGUCUAGAUCCAUUAUGGGUUUGCCCACAGUGGGAUUUAACCAUGUUUUCUGUCUGUAACGCACAACGUCUCAAGUACAUUUACAGGCGUACACAAACAGAUCAAAUCACAUCGAUAGCCAUUUGCAAAAACAGAAUGAUCGGAUAUAAAACUGUGGUGAAAUUAGUUUGGACCUCUUGGCCAUUCAUGGAGUUAGUAGGGUGACAUCAGGUGGUGCCAGGGAGGGGGUAAAGGAAAUGAUUAUGACAUAAAUGUAAUUAACGUUUUAGUAUUAGGUGAAUAAAUAUCCAACAGAUUAAAUCACAUGACAUACACCUCACAUGGUCGCUGAACAUCCAAUAGUAAUGUAGAGCUUCAUACCACUAGUGAGCAUCAUGUUGGGGAUGUGAAUGGGUAGUGCUGUGACCUACAGACAUGAUAAUAAAACAUUCAACUAGAUUCAAUGGGUUCAUUAGAGAUAUUAUGAAAUACCGUUUUUUGUAAAAAGAAAUUGGUAGGUUAGUAAAAAAAAGAAAGAAAUGCUUGUGAAAAAAGAUUCGGCAAGUUGAAAAACAUUGCCAUGCAGAGCUACAGUAGAUUCAAAUGAAAA